UGACAAAAGACAAUAGAAGCCAACAUUAGGUUGAUAACAGAUAUUAGCAAAAUAAUCUAAUAACAUUUUACUUAGUUGGAAAAAUAAUGGUCCAAUGAGCAAUUAGAACCCCAUAAAACAAGUAGAAGAUAAACACAUCCACAAUUAUGCUUGGAGACUUCAACCUUCUUCUCUCAAGUAUUGACAGAACAACCAGGAAAGAAAAAUCAUCAAAGGUUUGGGGGAAUUCAGGAAAAAAGACCCACCAAUGGAAGCAGCUGGCUUCACUGCUCAGGUGAUCAUCCUGAACCAUCCAGAUCAGAUCAGUGCUGGGUAUGCCCCUGUACUGCAUUGUCACACAACUCACAUUGCCUGCAAGUAUGCUGAGCUGAAGGAAAAGAUUGACCAUCAUUCUGGAAAGAAGUUGGAAGAUGGCCCUAAAUUCUUGAAAUCUGAUGAUGCUGCCAUUGUUGAUAUGGUUCUUGGCAAGUCCAUGUGUGUUGAGAGCUUCUCAGACCAUCCUCCUCUGGGUCAUUUUGCUGUCCAUGAUAUGAGACGGACAAUUGCUGUGGGUAUGAUCAAAGCAAUGGACAAGAAGGCUGCUGGAGAUGGCAAGGUCAACAAUUCUGCCCAGAAAGCUCAGCAGGCUAAAUGAAUGUUACCCCUAAUACCUGCCACCCCAAUGUUAAUCAGAUCAGUGGUGGAAGAAUGGUCUCUGAACUGUUUGU